GUCUUCAGUCUUCGUAAUCUUGAGUGGAAACAAGUGAUAGAAAAAUGGCAAGUUGGAUAUUUGUGGCGAUCGCAAGCUGCCUAGUCAGUGGACUACAGGCGCAAAUCGAUUACUGCACCACAAGCUACUGUACAGCCGGCGUUAAGAACGUCGGUUGUAAUCCUCCUGAAACUCCCGGAGGACCCGAAUGCAACGGCAAGAAUCCUGCAGUAGUAGAAAUUACACCGGCCCUGCAGACAUUGAUUCUAUCCGAGCACAACACUCGCCGUUCGAAACUUGCUCUGGGUCAGUUGGAUUUGUUCCUUCCAGCGAUUCGCAUGCCCACGAUCAGCUGGGAUGAGGAGCUGGCAAAGCAGGCUGGCAACAAUGCACGCAGCUGCAAAAUCGGUCGUGACGGUUGUCGUAACACUGCCGUGUACGCAUGGGCCGGACAAAACGUUGCUCUGUCCCAGUUUUACGGAGUAACCAAGACAACUGAGGAGCUGCUAAGGGAAAGCAUCGAUGCCUGGUGGAGUGAGCGCUACGUUACCACACAAGCUCAGCUGAACAGCUAUCCGCAAGGAAGUGCUGCUACGACCAUUGGAUACUUCACACAGAUGGUGAACGAUCAGACGGAUAAGCUAGGAUGCGCUAUGCAGUACUUGCUGGAUGGUGAGUUCCAAACGUAUUACACAGUUUGUAACUAUGCCGUAGCAAACAUCGCGGAACGUCCAGUAUAUAAGAAUGGACCUGCCGGUUCCGGAUGUACUACUGGACGCAACCCGACCACUGUUCUGAAUGGGCUGUGUUCGACGGCGGAAACGAUCAAUCCUGUGCCAAAUUGAUUAUUUUAAAGUAUUAAAAUGCGUUCUAUAUUUUCUACCAUCAUUAAAUGAAGUCUAGUUACUCUACAA